AUGUCGGGCGAAUUCAACCGCGACGAGAUCAACGGCGACGCGGCCGCAAGUCCCGCACUGGGAACGGCUCCCCCCGUAGCCUUGCCAUCGACGACAAAUGGCGGCAGCACCGAAGCACUGGAGUCGCCUGUCGCCAAUCCACCCGGCUCAAGCGGAUCUACUGUCAACAAUAAUGGCCCGACCGGACUCUCGAAAGCGGUUGAGGAGGUCAUGUACUCAGACAUCGGCAUCAACACACUCCUCAACCGCCUCAAGCAAUCCAUCGCGUCCGCGCGCGACUUUGCGCAGUUCCUCCGCAGGCGAAGCAGCUUGGAGGAAGAGCAAGCGAAAGGGUUGAAGAAGCUCGCGCAGCAACACCUGGAAGAUAUGAAGAAAGGAGAUAAGCGUGGCGGUUCCUGGGGACAGCAGCUUUCCGAAGUGCUGCGGAUCCAUGAGCGAAUGGCAGACAACGGCAUGCAAUUCGCUCUCUCACUACAUCAGAUGCACGAGGAUAUGGAUGUUCUGAGUGCGAAUAUGGAGCGCGGGAGGAAGCAGUGGAAACACGAGGGACUGGAUGCUGAGAAGAAAGCGAGUGAUGCCGAGCAGGCAAUGCAGAAGGCAAAGGCGAGAUACGACAGCUUGGCUGAAGACUAUGACCGCGCGAGGACAGGAGACACCAAGGGUAGUAGGAGAAUCGGCCUGAAAGGACCAAAAAGUGCGGAGCAGUAUGAACAGGAUAUAAACAGGAAGAUGCAGGCUGCCGAUGAAGAUUACAAGGAGAAGGUGCGACAGGCGGCAUCCCAGAGAGAACAACUCGUGAAGGUCGAUCGGCCGAAGGCUGUCAAAGCAUUGCAAGAGCUAAUUCAAGAAUGCGAUAGCGCUCUGACUUUGCAGUUGCAGAAAUUCGCAACGUUCAACGAGAAGCUUCUCCUUGGCAACGGUCUGGCCGUCAGUCCGCUGGCGGAUAGAGACGGUCCGGCUAAGAGUAUGAGGGACCUCGUUCAAGAAAUCGACAAUGAGCGAGAUUUCCAUGGGUACCUGGGCGGCCAUUCUGGGAAAGUGACUCGUCCUAGCGAGAUCAGAUACGAGGCGCAUCCCACCCAAGCACCAAAGACUCAGCUGCCGAAGACAACGACGCAGCCUGCACAACCGCCCGCGAGUCAGCCACUUACUUUGAACACCGCGAGCUCCCAGCCCAGCUCAAUGCACAGCAAAUACGCUACUCAGCAGCCUCCGCAGUCAUCAUACAGCCAGCAGCCUCCUUCGUCAAGCUACGGAUACCCUCAAGGCACACAAGACGUCCAAGCGCCGUCGUACGCGACAAAUCAGUCUCCUUACAGCCCUCAGACUCAGGUACGCGAUGCCUACAACAGCACUCCACCUUACCCAAUGCCGCCUUCCGAUCGCACUGCUUCUGGCUUCAACUCACAUCAACAAACGACUGGUUCAAUACCUGCCGCGCCGCCUCAAAUCACUCCCUCAUCGUUCUCUCCGACCGGCAGCACGCCCACCAGUGCCGCGCCUCCCAGUGGCAAAGGCCGAGUAUUCGGCGUCAGUCUCGACGAGCUCUUCACGCGGGAUCAAUCUGCUGUGCCAAUCAUAGUGUUCCAGUGCAUCCAAGCAGUUGAUAUCUUCGGUCUGGAGAGUGACGGCAUCUACCGGCACAACGGCACACACUCACAUGUCAAUGCGUUGAGGCAGAAGUUUGACACCCUACCACCAUCGUCCCAGGAACUCGACUUCAGGAAUCCGUCCAACUUUUACCAUGAUGUCAAUGCUGUGGGCAGUUUGUUGAAACAGUUCUUCCGUGAACUGCCCGACCCUCUCUUCACACGCGUGGGCUACUCAGCCUUUAUUGCUGCUGCCAAGGAAGACCACGAAGACCAGCGACGCGAUGGACUACACCAAGCCAUCAACGACCUGCCAGACCCGAAUUACGCAACGCUCCGGGCGUUGGUGCUUCACUUGAGCAGAGUGUCGCAUAAUGUGGCGCAGACGAGGAUGACCAGUGAGAAUCUGGCUGUCUGCUUUGCGUAAGUUCUUGCAAAUGAUCAGGUACAGGGCACAAACGCUGACUUGGUUGAUUAGACCUACUCUUAUGGGAGCAAAUAGCACGGCUCCUGGGGCAAACAAUGCCAAUCUUGCUGAUGCAAGCUGGCAGACACGGGCAUUGAGUACGAUUUUGGCGAAUGCUACUGCUAUCUUUGAUGAGGAUUGA